UGAUGUGAGUCGGCACCAAUAGCAUCCGGCUUUCAUCAUCCUUACCGCUUUCGGAGUAGUCGUUCCAUCCGUCACUGGAGAGUUUAUCCACCGCUUGACUGGAGGAGGGUGCGCGAGGACACCGCGUGAAGUCGGUCGAAGGGAGGGAGCGCGGGAUUCGAGGACGCGACGAACUGUACGCAAGGCAGAAAGGCGAGGAGGCGGACUGCGGAGCUGAAGACCACGAUCAUGGCGCGCUCUGUGAAUGGAGUGGCGGCUAUGGCGGCCUUGCUUCUGGUCGCGGUAAUGUGUGUUGCGGGCCCCGCACGAGCGCAGCCUCCGUUGGUGACCAUCGACUCUGUCAACUACGCGGGCUCGGGCUGCAACUGGGACAAUACCAACAUCGCGUGGUCGAACGACUACAAGGUCCUCACCGUCAUCUUCGGCGGGAUGAUUGCCACGACGGACUCUGGGCUGGCCGGCAAGCGGAAGAACUGCCAGAUCUCGCUGGGCUUGAGGUAUCCCAACGGGUUCAGCUUCACGCUGGGGAAGGUGACGGGCCGCGGCUUCGCGGACAUUGRUUACAGCUCCACGGGCACCUAUCAGACGAGCUACUACAUAUCGGGACAGACGGGGACGUCGUACGCGACACGCACGAUCCAGGGCAAGUUCACAGGCAACUACGAGUUCACGGACGUGCUSCCGAGGGUCAUCUGGAGCAACUGCAACAACGCUCCCAACCUCAACAUCAACUCGGAGGUGCGAGUGGAUGGAAAGAAGGCCGUCAUGACGCUCGACUCCUCGGAUCAGAAAUUCAAGCUCCUGUUCAACAUCGACUGGCUGGCCUGCUGAUGAUGAUCUCACUGCACUCGUCGUGUACGGGUUGUCGUCCGCCGGGCGGAGUCUUUUCGAAAAUCCGGUCUGCCAAGCACACAGAGAAGACAACCGUCCUUCUCGUCUGGUCGAGACUGCGCUGCGUAAUGUUACGUUGUCCUGUAGAGAGUAGCGGGUAGUAGCGAGGGAAGACGAUCCUUGGUUAAGUCGGAGCGAGAGGGGAUGUGUGCUUCGCGAGUUUAGCAAGGUCGCCGGUUGCUCUGGGUGGUACCACCAGUCAUCAAAUGUAUAUCUUUCGUAUGCUUAGGUAACGACUUUUAGCUAAGAUUAUGUCGGGCACUCAUCAGAUCUUUCGGCUAGAACGCAAAAAUUGUAAAAUAUGUUUGGUGUAACAAUCGCUCCUUAACCCGCAGGCAGGCGUUGUACCAAUCUCUCUCUCUCUCUCUCUCUCUCUCUCUCUCUCUCUCUCUCUCUCUCUCUCUCUCUCUCUCUCUCUCUCUCUCUCUCUCGCUCGAUCACUGUCCCUCUCGGGAAACGCCUCUCGACCUCUCAGAGGAAACGUUUGACACCAUGGGCACGACCUUCUUUGUUUUUCGACACCUCUGUUUUGAGCAAAUCUAUAUCUAUAUCCUCUGUGUUCUCUCUUUCAGCCCCGCUUCUCUCUCUCUCUCUCUCUCUCUCUCUCUCUCUCUCUCUCUCUCUCUCUCUCUCUUUCUCCUGUCUCUCUCUCUCCGACUCUUAUACCCCGUGUGUUCUCUCUUUUUCAGCCCCGCUCUGUGUCUCUGUCUUUGUCUUUCUCUGUCUCUCUCUCUGUCUGUCUCUCUCCGUUUCUUAUACCCCGUGUAGUCUCUCUUCGUCAGCCCCGCUCUCUCUCUCUCUCUCUCUCUCUCUCUCUCUCUCUCUCUCUCUCUCUCUCUCUCUCUCUCUCUCUCUCUCUUCUGAUGAAUCCUGCCCUCUGUUUUGUAUGAUUUCUAGACUUACGCCCUGUUCGAACUCUCCAACUAGCGGGAGUCGAGUCUCUGCGCUGAGAGUUGUGUUCUUUGGACCCUCUACUCGUCGACAGUGUGUGGUAUCGCUGGACUGUGUAGAGUCUCUAACUGCCACGUGUUGUGUUAAAUCGGAUGUUUUCCUACGUCCGUGCAGGGACUUUCGUGAACCCUGUAUGAUUUAUUCAAAACGAAAAUUAGGUGUGCUGCUAAUUUCGACAGUCACUGUCUGCUUAUUCAUCAAUUUAAGGUGGUUGGAAUUGUGUUUAUGACGACAACGAGGACGCACCUCGUCACUGACUCGCUGCUGCGAAGUGCUGGCGACAGUUCUCCUUAUCCUCUCAGUUCGGCAGUGCAUUCUUGAAGUUAUCGAGCACCUAAGACGUGACUGGUCUUACUUGCGAGCAGAAAUCUUGCAUUACUAAGCACAGUCAGCGACUUCCUCUUUUUUUUUGUUUUAUUUUUCUUUUCGUACACAAAAGAAAACUCGUUAUAAGAAUAUUCUCUUUUGCCGUACGGUGCUAUGAAAGGGGAGACAAGAAAAUGCAACGGCAAACAGAGGUCCCAGGGUUGCUUUGUUUUUUCUUUUGGCCAUUUCUCGCUUUGGUCGAUUCAUCCUCGCGCAGGAGCCGUUGCUAUCGUUCCAAUUUUGACGGAUGUUCCAUAGGUCGCAUCCUGACUGGCAUUAUAAUACGAACAGACUUCGCUUGACGGACUACUAGACUCGCACUGAAAUUGACAGCAUACACAGAUCAAGCCAGAGUAGCAUUCCCAGUGCGCGAAUCAGGUUGACAUGCAUCGAAAAAGAGGUAAACACUCCCUGUACGCGUCAAAAAUUAG